AUGUCGAAGAAAAAUGUGUACAAAAAGUACAGCGAUUUCAUGAAUGGCCGUGAGAAGGUCGAAGAUGAGGACCGUCCGGGGAGACCAUCCACCUCGACCGACGACGCCCACGUCUUUCAAAUCAAGGAUUUGGUGGUCAACAAUCGUCGGUUGAUGAUACGAGACCUUUCGGAAAGUGUUGGGAUUUCCAAAGCCUCGGUCAACCCUAUCCUGAAAAAUGUUUUGGAGUUGAAGCGGGUGAAGUCUCGCCUGGUGCCGAAAUGCCUGAAAAAAAUAAAUUUCAAAUGA